CGCUUCCGGUCCGCGCACCGCUCUCACCGCGGAGCGGGCGGCCGCGCGGAGCUCGAGUCACGUUGCUAGGCGACAACGGUAAACAGAAAGCUGGCGGCAGAGGCAGAGUAAAUGGAGUCGGGGAGAAGUCGGGCGGCAGUGGUGUCUAAAGCCAAAGGGAAUCGUUUUACAGCAAGAAGAUGGACAUUUAGUCUACACACAUCUGAACAUGGAAGAAAAAUAACCUUCAAAAUGCAUGCAUAGAAGUAAAAGAGCUGUUUUAAACAUCAAAAUUUUCAAACAUCUACUAUGGAAGAGAUUGCAGUGAAAGUUGCUGUGAGAAUUCGGCCUCUCCUUCCAAAAGAGAUCCUUCACAACCAUCAAGUUUGUGUUCGAGUUGUUCCAAACACACAACAGGUUGUAAUUGGGAGAGAUCGUGCUUUUACAUUUGAUCUUGUAUUUGGUCAAAAAUCCUCGCAAGAAGAUGUAUACUUAGCUUGUGUAAGGCCUUUAGUGGCAUCAGCAAUUGAGGGUUACAAUGCCACUGUAUUUGCUUAUGGACAAACAGGAUCUGGAAAAACGUAUACUAUGGGAGGAGGACAUGUGGCUUCAAUUUCUGAUGAGUUGAAAGGGAUUAUUCCACGUGCUAUUAAUGAGAUCUUCCAAAAUAUUGCGGAAAAACAUAAUUACUUCAAUGUGAAAGUAUCCUACAUUGAAGUGUAUAAAGAAGAGCUUCGGGACCUUUUGGAGAUACAGAGCACCAACAAAGACAUUCAUAUUCGAGAAGAUGAAAAAGGAAAUACAGUGAUCAUUGGUGCCAAGGAGUGUGAAAUUGAGACACCAGAUGAAAUGAUAAGCCUUUUGGAGGCUGGAAAUGCAGCCCGCCACACAGGUACCACCCAGAUGAAUAAACAUUCCAGUCGAUCACAUGCCAUUUUCACAAUGUACCUCCACCAAAAACGGCCUAAAAAUGAAUCAGAAUUAAAUAAACAUAAUGACAGCCUUACAGAAGAAUCACAGAUAUCAUUUCAGUUGAUCUCUUCCAAAUUUUGCUUUGUUGAUCUUGCUGGUUCUGAAAGAGUUACAAAAACAGGGAACACUGGUGAACGAUUUAAGGAAUCAAUUCAAAUAAACAGUGGUCUCUUGGCACUUGGAAAUGUGAUCAGUGCCCUUGGAGACCCAAAGAGAAAAAGUAUACACAUUCCAUAUAGAGAUACUAAGAUAACUCGUUUGCUUAAGGACUCUCUUGGAGGGAAUGCCAAAACUACAAUGAUUGCCUGCAUUAGCCCUUCUUCAUCCACCUUUGAUGAAUCCCUUAACACUCUGAAGUAUGCUAAUAGAGCCAGAGAUAUAAGAAACAAACCUAUUGUAAAUUAUGGCCCGGACUGGGAUCGCAUCGAUGAAAUGGAACUAGAAAUUAAAACACUUAGGGAAGCACUACAGAAUCAACGGACAAGUCUACUCACACAGGCCAACCAGACAUCACAAGACUUGUUAAGUCAAGACAAAAAACGGAUCCAUUCUUUGGAAGAGCAGGUGGCCCAUCUACAAGAGGAAAGCUAUCAUUAUAAACAUUGCAUAGAUGAAGCCUCAUACUUGCUGUCAGAAGUUAGAGAUACAAACAAUCUGAAAGCAAACCAACAACAAAAAAUGAAGGAGUGGUUCAACCUGGUAGAGGAACUGCAGAAUAAAUUGACUGACACGAGUGGUAUCGAGGGUGUAUUUGGAAAUGGAGGACAAAAUUCUCAUCAUAUUACAAUAUUUCAAUUGAAAAGGGAGUUGAAGAAAUGCCAGGAUAGCUUGGCUACAGAUGAAGAGUUAUUCAGUCAAAAAGCCAUGGAGAUGAAGGAAUUGCAGGGGCAAAUACAUGCACUAGAGCGGGAAAAAGUGGAACUUCUGGAAACUUUAACAGAAUCACAAGAAAGAUGCCGCAUUCAGAAUGAUAAAAUGGUUGAACAACAGCUUAUUAUUGAUCAACACCAGAAAGAAUUACAGGUCCUUAAAUCUGACAAGUUUUCACAUCAUAGCAGAUAUUCAAAUGAAAUAUCUUUAGCUGUGACUGCAGCAAGAAGACCUCAUACUGUGCCAUUAUCAAAUAUUCAUAUGAAGUCUUUCAGUAUUAUGCAGUCUCAUCAAACUGAAUCGAUUGCGCACUCCAGAAAGGUGCACACAAGCCCACCUUCAUAUGCUCUUGAAAGGGUGAUGGCAGAGUUUCGAACGCGCACUCAGAAGUUAAUGGAGAAAUUUGAAGAGCAGGAUGAAGUUCUCCACCAUAAAUUAACUGUUGAUAAUGGCAAUAAGGAAGAAAAGAAGAAAGAAAAUGCUAAUGCACAGCACUCCAGACAUUCAAUAAAUCGGACUUGGACUCAGAAGCAAGCCUGUAUGAUGAGCAACAUUAAAUCAUUUAAAAAAGACUUCCAUGUGACCAGUCAAGGACGAGAUGACAAUGGAAUAGACUUUGAGUCACAGAAAGUCUCACAGAAGAAUUCCUCCUCUGAGACUGAGCGCUUGCGUCAAAGUCAAGUAUUAAACAUGAAGAAAUUGAAGUCUGUAGACAUGGAUGUGGCUCAUUCUAAGCAGAAGAUAAGAGAGCUUGCUAUCAACAUUCGCAUGAAGGAAGAGCUCAUCAAAGAACUGGUUAAAACAGGUCAGGAUGCUCAGGCUGUGAACCGACAGUAUUACCAAAAGAUUAUUCAUUUAGAAAAGGAAGCAGAGCAGGCCAAGACUGAGCUGACUGAAGCUCAGAAACAACUGCAGGAACUGGAGAACAAAGAGCUCAGGGAUGCUGCAGAAAAAGUAAAAUUGCAAAAGGAAUUCCGCAAGAAGAUGGAUUCUGCCAAACUUAAAGUUCAGACCUUGCAGAAGAAACAGCAAGAAACGAAGAAGCUGUUUUCUAUGUCAGAACAGAGUGAGAAACGAUUGGUCCAAUUGAGCCAGAAUGUGGAAAUUAUGAAACAACAACAACUACUACUACAGAAAAAAUUGCAAGAAGAAAGUGAAAAAAAACGAAAACUGGAAAAUGAGAUUCAAAAAGAUCAACAACGAAUCAAAGAGCUGGAAUUAAAGCGCGAGCAUCAGCAGAAAAUACUGAAAAGAAAAACUGAAGAAGUUACUCAUCUGAAGAAAAUGAAUUACUCUCCUGUUAUUUCACAGGAGCAGCAGAGAAUUGAUGAGCAACGUAAAUGGUUGGAUGAAGAGGUGGAAAAGGUUCUGCACCAAAGACAAGCUCUAGCUGAGCUGGAGGAGGAUUUGAAAAAAAGGGAAGUUAUUGUUAAGAAAAAGGAGACACUAUUGCAAGAGAAAAGCCAAUUAGAAAUCAAGAAGUUGCGUUCCAGCCAGGCUCUAAACAAAGAUAUUUUGAAUUUAUCCACUCGUUUAAAAACAAUAGAAAAAGAAUUAUCAGACAAGAGCACUCAACUUCAAACUAGUACCUUGGAAGAAAGUAAAAUAAUCUCAGAAGAGAUACAAGUACUUCAACAGGAACGAACUCAACUUCUGAAAAGAAGGCAAUGUUUGGAUGAGAAGCUAGAGCUAGGAAAUGUUCUGUCACCUGAGGAGGAGCGAAUACUACUCCAAUUAGAGGAAGGUAUUGAAGCUCUGGAUGCUGCUAUAGAAUACAAAAAUGAAACAAUUCACAGUCGCCAGCAUUCAUUGAAAGCCUCGGACAGUAGCCUUGCCCAAAAUGAGGAGAAUGUGAUGUUUAGAUUGGGUGCUUUAUCAGCUGCUGAGACAAGAGUUCUUCUCUGCAGAUAUUUUAACAAGGUAAUUAGCCUUCGUGAAGUUGAACGCAAGUUGCAGGUUCAAUGUGCAGAAAUGUCUGAGAAAGUAACUGAACAUGAAAAUAUGGUGCAUGAAUUAGAAUCUGCACUGGAGCGUCUAUCAAUGGAGAUAGACCGACGAUUGACAAUGCAACAGAAGGAGCAUGAACAGAAAAUGCAGUUGUUGUUACAGUAUUUUAAAGAAAAAAGUGGUGAAGGCUUUGCAGAUGGUAUUAAAGGAUAUGAGUCAAAGAUCCAACAACUGGAGAAGGACCUGUACUUUUAUAAAAAAACAAGCAGAGAACUGAAAAAGAAAUUGCGUGAAUUGGCUGAAUCACAGAAUCAGAAUCAGCAAGUGGCAGCAUCAAAAAGCAAUGGUACUGGUGAUGCUACAUUAAGUCCAAUAGCAGAUAUUUGCACAAAGGAUCAAAAGUGGGCUUUGAGACCAUCUAAAAGUAUUGAUGACAAUAAUAGUACUCUCACAAUAUCUGGAGUAAACAGAAACCAUAACUUGUGGGAAGAAAUUUCAGAAACCAUUCAAGGCUCUACAAGAAAGACUUCUGAAGAAGAAGAUUCCCUCAGUUUAGAAGUAAUAGAUGAUACUCAACAAUCAAAAUGCUCAUCCAAAUCUACUCAAAUUUUUGAAAAGCCUUCACAUAUCAUUACUCCUGUCAGAUUAUCUCGCAAGGAAUUGAGGCAGAUCACUGCAACUCAAGUGUCCAUGAGACGUUCCAAUUUCAGUAUCAAUGUAAGCUCUGUCCCAAUAGAUUCUGUUCAGAUAACCAGAAAUUCUCUGGACUUAAAUACAUAGCAGAGCAUUUUCUAAAUAUAUAUCCUGCACUGUUUUUGUUUUGGUAUGGCUCAAACUAAUAAAUUAAUUUGAAGGCAACAUGUAUCUUAUUCCAAUUCUCAUAUGAUAGGAGUCAGAACAUGCACUGAAAUAGGAUAACUAGCACAGUGAAAAAUACUGUUUGCAGUAAUACCUCCCAGGGUUUCUGUGUUUUCAGCAAAUAGCAACUGAAGAUUACUGUAUGAUGGUUAUCUGCACAUUCAAGAGUGUACUGACAGAAGACUAAUUUUUGUUAUGCGGAGCAAGACCACAUGGUGGGAAUAAAAGAAUGACCAUGCACUGCUUAAAGGGUUAACUGAAAAAACCCUAUUCUGAAAAACUGAAACAAACUUAAUAAAUUGCUCUUAAAAUCCAACUUUUCACCAUUGUUGGAAAACAGAAUCUGAACUUAACUUGGGUUAAAUUUAAUCAGCUGUUCACAACCAGUAGCUGAAUUAAUGCACUUAUUUGGAUAGUGAACAUCACUUUUCAAUCGGUUUCUUCUUGCAAGACGAGUUUUGAGAUUAACACUACAGGCAACAAAAUGACUUUUAAUAUCAUUUCCAACAAAAUUGAUGUAAGAAUUAGGAAGUUUUAUACUUAGUAAUUGUGUUAGCCUGACUCAAUUUGCAGGUGAUAAAAUAAUGUUCAGCUGCUAUGGUUGUGAUUCAAGCCUCAUUCCAGCAGUCCCCUCUAUAAAGCUGCCGCUAAUGCUGUACUGCUUACUAUUGAUCCAAUAAGGUGUUAAAAUAAAGACUGAUCUGCUUGUUCAGGUGGAGAUAAAAGAUCCCAUGCCACUAUUUAUUGAAGGUUAGCAGUAUUCCCCUGUUAUGUUGGCCAUUUUCCUUCUAUUCCUCUAUAAACAGCACCAAAAAUUAUUUGACCAGCCAUAUAUCUUGUUCUGCUGUAAAUUACUUUUGUAUUUGCUUGCCUGACUGAUUACAUUUCAAAAUGAAUUCAUUGACUGUGAAGGCUUUAAAUAAUGUAAGCUGAAAGAGAUCAUAUAAUUGAAUUUUCUUUAUUUUCUUUCAUUUGGUUCUCUCUCCACUUCUAAUGUAACCAAAAUAAAGUGAAAGGAACAAUAUGGUAGGAUUAGUAAAUAUUUUCAUUUAUGUAUAAAUUCACCCCAAACAAGUGAGAUUAUAUUAUACUCUCUACUAGCUUGUUAGGGACUUCAUGGAAUAAGCUUUGGUAAAUCAUUUCAGCUUCACUUAGCCAAAAUCUCCAGCAUUUUGGUCAUAAAUUGCUGUUUACUCAGCAAACCUGUAGCAGCAGAAAAUGCUGUUAUGAGUUUAGGAUUGAAGUACAUUGAUGGGGUAACCUGCAUUUGUGGUACCAUAUCUGACCCUAGGAAUGUUUGAGAGUGACAUUGGAAAACAUCCUAUUUAAUGCUUUCUUUGUAAAUUGUGGAACAUUCAUUUUGUUAACAACAUGAAAUUUCUCAUGUAGCUGAAGCAACAAAUGUAACACCACAAAAUGUAAUCAUGCUUGUAGGAAUAAAGUUUCUUAGAUCAGCAAGCGUGCACAACCAAUUAGGGGUGGUGUUAUUUCCCAGGUGUACAGUGAAUAUAAUAUUCAUUAUGUUUCAAAUGGAGCACACAUUUAGACUUUACUGUGUCACAGUUAUUCAGUAUUCUGAAUAUUUUGUUCACUUUUGUACUUAACAAGUGUCUUGGUAUUUCAUUUUAAUGGUUUGUUAAAAUAUUUUUGAUUGCACUUGUUAAUUUUAUUUUAAUAAAGCUUUUUGUAUUUCUAUAGAAAUGAUUGUAAUGCAGGAUUUUUUUCUGAAUUGACUCAAAAUUUUAAGGAAAUACAGUGCCACGAACAUUAAAAUAUUGGUAAUUAUUUAUGGCUAGAUGUAACAUUUGACUUUUUAUUUUGUCCGACUAUGACAUUUUAUAAAUGAAAAGUUAGUUCUUCAUAAAAAUUUGUUAUGUAAGAGUACUCAUAAUGCACUUGCGCCAAAUUAACUUUAUUGCAAAUUUUUUCUCUUUACUUCCUUAGGUAUGUUGGUUCCUAAUAAUUCCAGUAAACUAAGAUGAAUCUGCUAUUUUUAUUCCCUUCAUUUUACACUAAAUGCUAAGUAAUUUUAGGACAGUUGCAAAUCUAACUCUCUGCCUAAAAGAAAUAGUACUAUAAUUAUAUGAAGGUAAACAGAAUAUAAAGUUUAUCUUAACAUUUCGAGCAGAAGGUGUGGAUUUCCUCAGGUGAAGCAGUUCACUCCCACAUUCCAAAGAUGUAUGGCUUUACAGGUUAAUUGGUCACACAGGUGGCGCAGGCUCGUUGGGCCAAAGGGCCUGUUACCAUGCUGUAAACAUAAACUUUACCAGCCCCAUUUUCUCCAAUUUUAUUGUUGAUAAUCCUCCAGCAAUCUUUCCUUUCAUCAUCAAAUUCUAAGUUCCUAAAGUGAAGUUAAUCCUAGCAGCUGCCACAAAUAUUCCUCCAUUUCCAAGGUCUCAUGUUACAAUCUCCUUUUUUUUUUGCAAUCCCAUCAUAUUUCCUUUAUUUUAACCACAAAUCACACCUCUUCCUUUCUUUAUCUCCUCUGCUCAAUUCCCCUUUCUGGUUUGACCCCAGCCAUUAAUAUCAACAAUUCAUUCCCCAGGCACAGUCAUUUCAUCAUUUCCAACUUUGAGGAAACCUACCCCGAAUCCGUCGCAUUUUUUCCAGUUUUCCUUUUUUGUCUGAGGUAUUUGUUUCAGCUCCAUGCCCAAUACAGUACUUAUAUAUUCUGUCUUAAACCCGCUUCAAUUUGUCUUCUAUUUAAUCACAAGAUUAAAACAGCCAUAUCCAAAGUAACAAGUUACAUCCUUGCUUGGGUGAAUUAUCCCUUUCUUGUUAGUUUUACAGUGUCUACAAUGUGUCCUAUUUCAUUUGUAACAUCAUCCUUAUUCAACAUUAAAGAAGGUUGUAUUUCUUUCUCAUCAAAGGUAAUUUGUUGUCUUAUUGGGGGCGAAUAAUAUGUAUCAAUAUUGAGCAAUAUUGUAUGUUUUGCCUCUGCACUAUGGCUGACCUUACAUUUUAAAAGAAAUUAAUCUGCCACAGCUUUGUUUAUAUCUAAUCACAGAAAUUAUUUGCUUGGGACUUCCUGGGUACUUCAUCAACUUGGGUUUUAUAACUGAAUUUGCUUGGCCUAACUGCAGCCCUGAUACAAACACAAUCCUGUUUGGGCCCUGAACAAGAAACGGGCAAAAAUACA